CACUCCUAUACGGUCUAGUUUAGAGAUGCCGCUGUAUCAAGUAGAACAUUCUGACCCCUUGACAAGGGCAGAAAAGGACGAGCUGGCAGCAGAAAUAACAGACAUUCACAAGACUACAUAUGGUACUCCUACGCCUUUUAUAAGUGUGGUUUUCGAAGACAUCUCAAAGACGGAUUUCUACGAAGGAGGAGUACUAAAACCAGGCUACAAUCGUAUAUUUGCCAUUGUGCGAAUAGGAGGAUCUCGGACAACAAAAGACUUCAACGAGCUUUGUGUUAAGCUUUCCAAUGCUUGGCGUGAGGUCAUCUCCAGGAACGAUUCUGCGACUAGCAACGUAGAGCGAAAAUUGGCUGGUGCAUUUGUGCUAAGAAGCAUCAACGCGAUGUGGGAGCACGGCUUUAUUCUGCCCGAGCCCGGCCAAGAUAAGGAGUGGUUUGAGCAGAACAAAACGGAAUUCCGCGAAAGGGCUAGGUCUGGAGACGGCACAAUGAUGCGACUUUUGAAGGAAUUGGGCGUUUCUCUUGAAGAGUGAAUAGCUAGAUUUUCAUCAGUUCCAUUAGGCGACAGCAGUGCAGCGGAGAGAAAACAAAUAAACUACAAGAAUAGGCUACAUAUCAAAAGAGACUACGUCGUAGACUAGGUACGAUCCUCUCUAGUGGCCAAUCCGAACUGCAUUUCAAUUAUUCACUGAAUGAGUACGCGGCGGCAAUACAACGGUACUAGUGGUGUAAUAGAAUCUCAUACCAGCAAUGCCUUAUCUCUGAUGCGGGGGUGCUCCAGCCCGUCGCCCGAAUGCCCGGCAUUAGAUCGAUCUAGAAACAGCCGCUGCCCUCCCCCCGGAUCGAGGACCGCCAUCCAGCGUUCC